GACAGGGGGAGACACCGGCUUACGACGUCAAAGCAAAGGACUACACAGCUUCAGAGCCCAGACAGUGUGUAGCCUCCGAUCUGUCCAUAUUCUUCUCCAUUACGGGUUUGGAUUUGCUUCGGGUUUUUUUUUAUUUUUUUUUUUACAUUUCUUAAUUUUUUGAGUCUUAGGGAUCAGGAUAUUGAGCAUCACAGUGUGGGCGGAUUAUCAUACUGAACAAAAAGCCUUCUCCAAGGACUGAAAGUGUAAAAAGACGCGAUCAGGACGGACUAGAGGUUUUUCAGAGGGAGUCUCACAGUCGCCGCUGUCCCCAAUGAAGGAGCCGGACGCCAUCAAGCUCUUCAUCGGCCAGAUCCCUCGCAAUCUGGAGGAGAAGGACCUGAAGCCCAUCUUCGAGCAGUUCGGCAAGAUCUACGAACUGACCGUGAUCAAGGACAAGUACACGGGCAUGCACAAAGGAUGCGCGUUCUUGACGUACUGUGCCAGAGAGUCUGCCCUGAAAGCCCAAAAUGCAUUACAUGAGCAGAAGACAUUGCCAGGGAUGAAUCGACCCAUUCAGGUGAAGCCAGCAGACAGCGAGGGCCGUGGAGACAGGAAGUUGUUUGUGGGAAUGCUGGGGAAGCAGCAGUCCGACGCAGACGUGAGGAAGAUGUUUGAGCCGUUCGGCAGUAUAGAGGAGUGCACUGUGCUCCGAGGACCAGACGGAGCCAGCAAAGGUUGCGCUUUUGUGAAAUACCAGAGCAAUGCCGAGGCUCAAGCGGCCAUUAAUGCUCUUCACGGCAGCCGCACUCUACCGGGAGCCUCUUCCAGUCUGGUGGUGAAGUUUGCAGAUACGGAGAAGGAGCGAGGAAUCAGACGCAUGCAGCAGGUUGCAUCUCAGCUGGGCGUCAUCAGCCCCAUGAGCCUCCAUCUGGGGGCUUACAACGCUUACACACAGGCACUGGUCCAGCAGCAGGCUUUGGUAGCUCAGUCUGCCUACCUGUCUCCUGUGGCAACGGUUGCUGCGGUGCAGAUGCAACAGUUGGCUGCUCUUAAUCCAAGCAGCAUCAUAGCGACACCCAUUGCGUCAAUCACCCCAUCCUCAGGUGACUAUACCUAUUUAACACCUCAGAAUCAUGUCUACCAAAGCCCUGAUGAGGAUAUCAUCAGCAUAAAAAGUGUGGGUUAUUUUUAUGAUAAAGGUGCGAGCACUCCCCCAGCUAUUGCUGCCACACCAGUGCCUACUCUGCCUCCACCAAUUGCAGUCAACAGUUACUCGGCUUUGCCUGCCCCACCCAGCGGGCAAUCAGCCUCUGAAGCACUGUACACCAACGGUGUCCAUCAGUAUCAAGCUCAGAGUCCUGCACUGGAUCCUCUUCAGCAGGCUUACACUGGAAUGCAGCAUUACACUGCCACAUAUCCUGCUGCUUACAGUUUGGUUGGUCAGCCAUUUCCCCAUCAGCCAACGCUAGUUGCUCAGCAAACCCAACAGCCUCAGCAGCUGCAGCAGCGAGAAGGUCCAGAGGGAUGUAAUAUCUUUAUUUAUCACCUGCCACAGGAGUUCACCGACUCCGAGAUGCUGCAAAUGUUUCUGCCGUUCGGCAACGUCAUCUCAGCCAAGGUUUUCGUCGACCGAGCAACCAAUCAGAGCAAAUGCUUUGGUUUUGUAAGCUUCGACAACCCCGCCAGCGCCCAGACUGCCAUCCAGGCCAUGAAUGGAUUUCAAAUUGGCAUGAAAAGACUGAAAGUGCAGCUGAAAAGGCCCAAAGAUGCCAACCGCCCAUACUAACAUGGCCAGGUGAGAGAAAGAGAGAGAAAAAAGAAAGGGAAUAGAAAGAACAAAGGCAGUUAAUAUGAUUAUAGAUCAGAAAUAGUUUAACUUAAUGAAAGAGUGGUACAUUGAAUAUGCAUACGGUGUAAAGCCGGCUCGUGGCCUAAAUGAUGAGUUAAUUUCAACUUAAACGUAUAACAAUGAGGAACAGGUUCACAAAGCAGUCCUAGAUUGAUGAUUAGAUGAUGAUCUGUUUGAAGAAUGUAUUAAGAACUAUAUAUAAUGUGUUCUAGACAUGUUUGAAGAAAUGCUAUGAAGUGAACAAGAGUCGAACGACAAUAAUCAGUUGAUUAAUUUUUACUUUUCAUUUAUUUUUUUUGUUUUUGUGCUGUGUCAUCGCUCAUUCUCCUGAAAUCAAUCAAACAAUCAAACAAACAAAAAACCUCAUCCCCACCCAAGGCUGCCCUGGCCAAUCAUAACUCGUGCGGAGACCACGUCGUUAUGGCCGCGGUGGCCAUAGCAAGCAAUAAAGCUUCCCCCUUCCUGUCACAGCGUUUGUUGUAAGUUGAUUGGCCUGUGUUGGUUGCUGUGGCGAUAUUCCUGCCUGUGAUGGUUGCCGUUAGCAGUUUUGUUAUUGUUUUAUUUCCCCUCUCCUUUUCUUUUUUUUUUUUCAUUUUCUUUACUUUUUUUUUCCUUUUUUUGGCCCUCUUGUCUUUUAUCCUCCAUGCUGAGAGUGCAUGGCGGGUUACUGUGGUGAAAAUGGAGUGUGUUUGGUGCGUUGUGCCUUUCUCUUUUAUUCUUUUUUUUUUUUCCCUUACUUUCUCUCUCUUUUUUUUUUGUACAUACUGAUCAAUGACACUACACUUUAGGUUAAUGUCCUUUAAAUGUAAUAAGCAAAUGCAGCAAAUUCAAAGUCAUUUAAGUACCUUUUUUGAGCCAUUUUGAAUUGCCCUAGUGUUUGGGUGGCUUUUGUUUUUGAUCAGUCUCCUCUGUGUUUUGUUUGGUCAUGAUUAUCUCUUUACAGCUCCUCCCAUUAUGUAGUCUGGUGGUGUUUUAGUUAUGCUUUUUUUUGUGACCAUGGGGGAUAUAGUGUGUAUUCGAUGACAGGAAAGUUUGUGCUAGUGGGUAUGGUGUUUUUGUCCAAUGAGCGAGAGAAUGAAUUAAGUGUGUGUGUUUUUGUGUGUGUGUGUGUGUGUGUGUGUGUGUGUGUGUGUGUGUGUGUUCAGAAAGAGAAAAAGAGAGAAUGCUGGAACAAUUCAUUCACUAUCUCUCAAACCUCUUGCGUGAGGCUUGAGGUGACAGCAUUGUGCUGAUUGAUGAGCAGCGUUUCCCUGUAGGAAUUCUGGGUUUUGUAGUAAACAGAAUACAUAUUUUUAUCGAUUGAAUGAACAAUGAAAUUUUAUAUAUAAAAUAUUCAUUUAAAUUACAAAAGUAUUGGGACACCUGAAUUGUCCAGCCAUUUGUGGUUCUUCUCCAGUCUG